AUGUAUCAUGUUGCUCACGACAAGCGAAAUUGGAGAGUGGUACCUGAUGCUGUCUACAAGGAGGAUGAAGUUAUUGGAGACGUGGGAAAGCUGUAUGAUAGUACAAUUGAUGAAGCAAUCGAUUUUCUGUCUGGUUAUCCCUACUUAAAAACGUUAGACAUCACCGAUUUUUACAUCGACACGUUGGAAGAGGUGUACGAUUUGGCUGUUGCUGUACCUAGACUGUCGAACCUACUUGCUAGUAACAUAAUUCUACCGCAGGAUAAAAUUGACCUCUUUGUUGAUAUGUUACCGAUAACGGUUGUCUCCAUUUGUGGGAAGGUGCCCACAAACAUGUCAUCAUUAGUACAAUUCGUGGUACCAAUAGCGAAAUAUCUCCUCUUGUCGACAUGAUACGUAUGUAUCAUUGCAGGUUCGCACAGCAGAACCAAUUAAUUAUUAAUAAAAUAAUUUACGUGUCCAUA